AUGGGACAAGAGAAGUAUGAACUAAAAAUAACAGCAAAGACUCCCCAGACUAUUUGCAGGACACUACAGCUGUGCUUCACAGACAGCACAGCGGUUGAAUACAAAGCCUUGAAUCUAACAGGCAAGGCUUUUAGUAGCAGAAAACCUUCUCAGACCUUCUGGGACUCCAAUUUCAUAAAGGUAGAAGAUGAAGUCCAAAGCGUAGUUGUCAAUGCUGUGCAAGAGUUGAGUACUGAAAAGCAGUUGGUGGCUGACAUAACAGAUAAAGAAAAUGCGAUGGAAGCUACAAGAAAGCCAAAGGUGUAUGAAAGUUUUGAAGCUCUGCAGCAGAGAUGGAUCAAAUUUCUGUUUAAACCAGGAUUUCUUCUGGCAUCUCAUGUUGACUAUCAGGAAAUUGUACAAGCCAGUUUUUAUGGUGAAUUAGUUCAUGAUGUUUCCAGUUCCAGAGCUUUUGCUCAGUUUCAGUAUUUUAAUGAGUACUUGGGAAAUACCUCUUGGCAAAUUAUUACAGCUUUGACUGACAGGUGCUCUAUUACUCCAACCCAGGCACUCCACCUAGCAGUGAGUGGUGCUCCUGCAGGACCAGCUGGCACAGAGACCAUAUAAGAUUUAGUGUGCCUUGGUAUGAUGGUGAAAAUUUUCAACUAUUCAGAACACAUGGAUGAUGAGUCUGUAGGGAAUAUCUAUAAAGGUUUGGUCCAGACAGGAGCUUUGGGGUGCUUCUUGGUAGAAGUCUAGUCAGUAGUAGAAGUCUAGGCAGUACAAUUAAAGACUAUCCACAAUAAAAUUAGGAAGAAAAAGAAAUUUGAAUUUCUUGGUGAAAACAUUACACUGAAAUCCAGAGUUGGAAUAUUUAUUACUAUGAUCCCUGGAUGUGCAGGUCAGACAGAACUGCAUGAGAACGUCAGGUUUUUUUUCUUCCCUAGAAUCUGUGACAUGGCUGUCCCUGACACUGAACUGGUCUCUGUAAUAAUGUUGGCUGCUGAAGGGUUUAUUGAUGCCUGUCUGUUAGCCAGGAAGUUCAUCAUCUUCUAACCUCUCUGCAGGGAGCUGCUCCCUGAACAGGGCCAUUAUGACUGGGGACUUCAUGCUAUCAAGUCAGUUUUGGUAAUUUCUGGGUCCCUGAAACAAGGAGACAAGAACAGACCUGAGGAUUGGGUAAAAUAUGUUUCUGUCUUAAGAGACUUCAAUUUGCAUAAAAUAGUGACAGAUGAUAUCCCAAUUUUCACAGGCGUGAUCAGUGACCUGUUUCCAUCUCUGGAUGUUCUGAGGAUGAGGAACCUACAGUCUGAGCAGAUGGUUAAACAAUCUACCCUGGAGCUGUACUUGCAGCCAGAAGAGAACUUUAUUCUCAAAGAUGUCCAGCUGGAGGAGCAGCCGGCAGUGUGUCACUCUGUGUUUGUUGGUGGAAUUGCAGGGAAUGGAGAGGGUUCUGGAAGUUCUUCAUCACCUGUAGAUCUUGCCAGUUUGUACAUCAAGACGGGUGCCAAGAACAUGCCCACAGUGUUUUUGCUGACAGAUGCUCAAGUUCCAGAUGAAUGCUUUCUUGUGCUGAUUAAUGACUUGUUGGCAUCAGGAGAGGUUCCAGAUCUGUUCAGUGAUGAAGACAUGAAGGUCAUAAUUGCAGGAGUUAGAAAAGAAGUGUUAGCCAUGGGCUUGAUGGACAUCAGUGAAUACUCCUCGAGCAAAGCUCUGCUGGAAUUAUCUGCUCAGAGUGAAUACCAAGCAUUUUUCAUGGCAUCCUUCUGCCUUUACGUUGGCGCCUUUGCCGCGUGCAGCAGCUGCGCCUCUUUUGCACCGCUGAGACACCUGACUGCAGCCCCAACCUCAGCAGCAGGACAGACAUCUGAGCAUCUCAGGCAAGCUGUGGGGUCUGUGGUAGAAGAUCUAAAAUCCAAACUUGCUACUCAAGAGGCAGAACUGCAACUGAAAAAUCAAGAUACUGAAGCUUUGAUUGCUAAGAUAGGGUUUCAGACUGGGAAACUGAGACAAGAAAAGGCCAUAGCAGAUGCAGAGGAGCUAAAGGUUGAUGAUUCUUUGCAAGAUUUAAUCAACUAUGAUAAGGAGCAUAUUUCUCAGCAUUGUCUGAAGGUUGCCAAGGAACAUUACUUGAAGGAUCCAGAUUUCAACUCAAAUUAUGUUCAUACAAAAUCCUUUGCAGCAGCUGGUCUCUGUGCCUGGGCCAUCAAUAUAGCAAAAUUCAGUGAGAUGUAUUGUGAGAGAGAACCAAAAUAUUGUGCUCUGGCUCAGGCUAACACUGAAUUAGCAGCAGCUACAGGAAAACUAGAAGUCAUCAGGAAAAAGCUUCUUGUAAGGAGGCUCUCCAGACUCACAGCUUCACUUGAGAAAGCAGUUGAAGAAACAGUCCUAUGUCAAGAUGUAAACAGAAUAAACAAAAUCACUGGGCCAGCCAACAGGUUGGUUAAGUGACCUGAGGGAAGAAAAACGUGUUGGAGUCAGUCCAUUGAAAACUUCAAAGCACAGAAGAAAACUUUGUGUGGUGACAUCUUAUUGACAGCAGCAUUUGUGUCUUACUUUGGACCCUUCAUAAAACAAUAUCACCAGGAACCAAAGGGACAUUUCUGGAUCCCUUCUCUAAAGGUACAAAAAGCUCCUUUUCCUGUGACAGAAGGCCUGGACCCAAUUGCCACAUUGAGGGAUGAUGCUGUGGCAUGGAGUAACAAGGGUGAUAGGAUGUCAACAGAAAAUGCCACUGUUCUAACAAACUGUGAGUGCUGACCUCUGAUGAUAGAUCCCCAGCAACAGGGAAUUAAAUGGGUCAAGAAUAAAUGUGGAGCUGACCUUAAAGUCAUAUGUCUAAGACAGAAAGGAUAUGUGCAUACUGAAGAAUUGGCUUUUGUAGCUUUAGCUUUUGAUGAGACUGUAAUAAUUGAAAACAUGUGUGACUCUAUUGAUCCCAUGCUUGGAAGACAUACAGUUAAAAAGGGAAGAUGCACCACGAUUGAAGACAAAAAAUGUGAAUUCAAAAAGAAUUUUCAUCUCAUCUUUCAUACUAAACCAGCUAACCCUUACUACAAGCCAGAACUGCAGGCUCAGACUACCUUCAUUAGUUUCACUGUCAGCAGGGGCAGGCUGGAAGACCAGCUGUUGGCUGAGGUUGUUAAUGCAAGACUCACAAAAAAUGUAAGUCAGUCCUCACCAAGAAGCCAGAGCAGUUUCAUGACUGAGUUCAGGCAGCUGGAGGAUGACAGGCUGCUCAGCCUGUCAGCUGCCCAGGGCAGUCUCCUAGACCACAGUGAACUUGUAAAGAAAAUCAAAUCAGCAAAGUCAACGGCAGCAGAAAUACAACGCAAGGUAGCUGAAGCCAAAGAAAAUGAAGCUCAGGAUGACUCGACAAGAGAGCAUUACAGACUGACAGCUGGAAGAGCAUCCCUUCCUUACUCUGGGAGCAUCAGCCUGGGCAGUGUCAACCCCAUCUACCAGCUUUCACCAAAGGCCUUCAGCAUCUUCCACAAAGCAAUUAAACAGGCUGAACAAUCAGGAGAUAUUCAGUGUUGCAUCUCUAACCUAAAAGAAGCUGUCACAUAUUCGACCUUUCUUUUCAAAAGCCAAGGAUUGAUUUUUGAAAAUUAUAAGCUCAUUUUCCUGGCCCAAAUGGCUUUUCAGGUGAGGAAAAAUUUUCAUAUGGAAAAGGAGAAAAAAAGCUCUUUUCAGAAACUAGUAAUACUCCAGGACAGAAUAUCGUAUGCUCUGAGAAAUUGUGUGGAGAAAAAUCUUGGCUCGAGGUACUUGAAAAACACAACGAUGGAUUUAGCAAAAUGCUAAGAAGAGAGCAGUCCAGCCACUCCUGUGUUUUUCAUCCUGUCUUCAGGACUAGACCCACUUGAAGAUCUUUCUAUUGCAGGCAAAAAGCUUGAGUUCACUGUAGAUUCUGGAAGAUUUCAUAACAUCACUCUAGGACAGAAGCAGGAGAUGGUUGCAAAGGAGGCACUCAAGAAAGCUGCCCCACAUGGCCAUUGGGUUCUUUUCUAAGUGAUAGCUGAGUGGUUCAGAACCUUGGACAAACUCCUUGAGCAAUGUCAUCCUGAUUUCUGUGUCUUCAUCAGUGCUUUGUCAGCUCCGACCACAGAAGAGCACAUCAGUCCCCAAGGAAUACUAGAAAAUACAAUUAAAAUUACUGGUGAGCCUCCUGCAAGGAUGCUGGCUAAUUUCCAUGCUGCUCUCCAUGGUUUUGACCAGGAGACCCUUGAACUGCAUGCCAGAGAAGGGGCAUUUAAAAGCAUCCUUUUCCCUCUCUGCAAUUUUCACACUUGCAUUCCUGGGAGACUGAAGUUUGGCCCUUGGGGCUGGAAUGGAAGGUACCAGAUCGGCACCUGA